UGAUAGAGGAUAGUCCACUGAAGCUUACGAGUGUUGGAGAGCCAUCUUCCCUAUCGGGGAGAGAAAGAGAGUGAAGGGGGGACGAGGACACAAUUUGGGGAUCCCGGCUUCUUUCAGUGGCACAAAGACAGUGCAGGAAACCGGCACGGACACUGGUGUGAUUCUGCAGAACAGGGUGUUUUAUUCAUGUCAAGACAAGGAUGUGACGGGAACUUGUGGAAGAUCGAGCGAACGAAAGACAAGCUUUUGAAAAUACAAAGGAAGAGAAAUACGAGAGGGGUUCACAGUCCUUAGUUUGCCUAGUCGUACUCCGCGGAUGUAAUGGAACUAAUGUUCGCGGAGUGGGAAGACGGAGAGCGAUUCUCCUUCGAAGACUCCGACCGGUUUGAGGAGGACUCGCUCUGCUCUUUCAUAUCCGAGGCAGAGAGUCUCUGUCAGAAUUGGAGAGGGUGGAGAAAACAGUCCGCUGGGCCCAAUUCUCCUACAGUAAAGAUCAAAGAUGGCCAGGUAAUCCCUCUGGUGGAGCUGUCUGCCAAGCAGGUAGCGUUCCACAUCCCAUUUGAGGUGGUGGAGAAGGUGUACCCCCCUGUGCCAGAGCAGCUGCAGCUCCGCAUUGCCUACUGGAGCUUUCCAGAAAAUGAGGAAGACAUCAGGCUCUACUCCUGUCUGGCCAAUGGGAGUCCAGAUGAAUUUCAACGAGGGGAACAGCUCUACAGGAUAAAGGCCGUGAGAGAUCCCCUGCAGAUUGGCUUCCAUCUCAGCGCCACCGUGGUGUCCCAGCAGGCCGGGCAGUCCAAGGGCGCCUACAAUGUGGCCGUCAUGUUCGACCGCUGCCGCAUCACUUCCUGCAGCUGCACCUGUGGCGCCGGGGCCAAGUGGUGCGCCCACGUGGUGGCCCUCUGCCUCUUCCGCAUCCACAACGCCUCCGCCGUCUGUCUGCGAGCGCCGGUGUCCGAGUCGCUGUCCAGGCUGCAGAGGGACCAGCUGCAGAAGUUUGCCCAGUACCUCAUCAGUGAGCUUCCGCAACAGAUAUUGCCCACAGCACAGAGGCUUCUGGAUGAACUCCUGUCCUCCCAGUCCACUGCCAUCAACACAGUCUGUGGAGCCCCAGAUCCCACAGCCGGACCAUCCGCCUCAGAUCAGAGCACCUGGUACCUGGACGAGUCCACGCUCAGCGACAACAUCAAGAAGACGCUGCACAAGUUUUGUGGCCCCUCACCAGUAGUGUUCAGCGAUGUGAACUCCAUGUACCUGUCGUCCACGGAGCCCCCGGCUGCAGCCGAGUGGGCCUGCCUGUUACGGCCACUGCGGGGGCGGGAGCCCGAGGGCAUCUGGAACCUUCUGUCCAUCGUCAGGGAAAUGUUUAAGAGGAGGGACAGCAACGCCGCGCCUCUGCUGGAGAUACUCACAGAGCAGUGUCUCACGUAUGAACAGAUCAUUGGCUGGUGGUACAGCGUGCGCACCUCGGCCUCCCACAGCAGUGCCAGCGGGCACACAGGCCGCAGUAACGGGCAGACGGAGGUGGCGGCGCAUGCCUGUGCCAGCAUGUGUGACGAGAUGGUGGUGCUGUGGAGGCUGGCUGUGCUCGACCCCACCAUGAGCCCACAGAGACGCCUGGAGCUUGCAGCCCAGCUCAAGCAAUGGCACCUGAAAGUGAUCGAGAUCGUCAAGCGCGGUCAGCACCGCAAGUCCUUGGACAAGCUCUUCCAGGGCUUCAAGCCGGCCGUGGAGUCCUGCUACUUCAACUGGGAGGUGGCCUACCCGCUGGCCGGCAUCACCUACUCCAGCACCGACAAGAAGAGCGCCUCCUUCUGCUGGGCCAGGGCAGUGCAGCAGCAGCGCGGGGCCAAGGCCGGCCUGAGCGGGGACCAGCAGGAGCCCGGAGGAGGAGGAGGAGGAGGAGGAGGAGGAAGGGCGGUGGGGUGUGACGGGGGCCCGUACGAUCACAAACCUCGCAGCGGCUACCAGCCCCAGCAGGAAGUGGCCGUCCGGCCCAAGGAGACCAUCGUGAGCAAGAGGAAAGGUCUGUCGGCCGUGGGAGGGGCCGGGGUGAUGAUGCGCCUGGGAGGAGGCGUGUCUCUCGCUCUGGAGGGCGAGGGGAAGGGCGUGUACAAGACGGUGGCCUCUUCCUCUUCCUCGUCGGGGAGCAAGGCCAAGCUGGCGCAGGGCGGGAAGGUGUCCGGCGGAGGAGGAGGUGGAGGAGGUGGCGGAGGAGGAGGAGGAGGAGGCGGCGGCGGAGGGGGAAGCGGGGGCAAGCACCCCAGUGCCAAGCGCCGCACCAGCAGCGAGGACAGCUCCCUGGAGCCCGACAUGGCCGAGCUGAGCCUGGACGACGGCUCCAGCCUGGCGCUGGGCGCGGAGGCCAGCAACACCAACAGCUUCGACUUCCUCCCGCCGCCGCCCGAGAUGCUGCCCUCGCCCAGCCCGCUGCUCCGAGAGCCGCGCAAGUACGGGGGCGGAGGAGGCGGCGGCGGCGGCAGUGGCGGUAGCAGCUCGUCCAAGGAGCGGGUCUUCGAGGGCAAGCGCGUCUCCCACGCCCCCGGGCCACCCGCGGCCGAGGCGCCCGCGUUCUCGAAGGAGUGCGCUCUGCCUGGGGCUGCUGCUUCCGCCACCGCCGCCGCUGCUGCUGCAGGGGCGCCUGCUGCCGACAAGGAAGUGGAGGUGGAGGCCGAGCUGGAGGAGAACGGAGGCGAGGACGACGGCCUGCCAGACGACGCCCGGCCUUCCACCUCCUCCUCCGCCGCCGCCGCGCCCGCUCCAACUCUCUCUGCGCCCGUCACGGGCAAGCCGCCGCGAGGGGCCCGCAGGGAAGGAGAGGGCAGCGGGGCCGCCGCAGGACCCCCGGGCCCCGAGGGAGCGGGAGCGGCCGCCGCCGCCGGUGGUGCCGGAGGAGACCCGAUCGGGGAGGACGACUACCAGGCCUACUACCUGAGCGCCGCCUCGGAGGAGGGGGGGGACCGGGGCGCCCCCGACAACAAUCACGAGGAGGAGCCGGACAUCUUCGCCGGCAUCAAACCGCUGGAGCAGGAGGGGCGCAUGGAGGUGCUGUUUGCGUGUGCGGAGGCUCUGUAUGCCCACGGCUACAGUAACGAAGCCUGCCGAUUGGCUGUGGAGUUGGCCAGCGACUUGCUAGCCAAUCCUCCCGACCUGAAGGUGGAGCAGCCACAAACAAAGGGUAAGAAGAGCAAGGUGUCGACCAGCCGUCAGACUCAGGUGGCCACCAACACGCUGUCCAAAGCAGCCUUCCUGCUGACGGUGCUGAGCGAGCGGCUGGAGCUGCACCACCUGGCCUUCAACAUGGGCAUGUUCUCCCUGGAGCUGCAGCGGCCCCCCGCCUCCACCAAGGCCCUCGAGGUUAAGCUGGCGUAUCAGGAGUCGGAGGUGGUGGCCCUGCUGAAGAAGAUCCCGCUGGGCGUGGUGGAGAUGAGCCUGAUCCGGGACCGGGCCGAGCAGCUGCGCGACGGCAACUUCUGCGACUACCGGCCCGUGCUGCCCCUCAUGCUGGCCAGCUUCAUAUUCGACGUGCUCUGCACCCCAGAGCACAGUAUUCAGACACAAAAGCUCUCCGGCUGUCAUCAAGGGUGUGGAAAACCAGCAGCACAGAUUUGGCAAAUGACAAACGCACCGCCUCAGAUCCUCACGGUGUCUCCCACGGGCUCCCGCCCCCCCAGCCGAAACCGGAACACGGAGAUGCCGGGCGACGAGGAGCUGGGCUUUGAGGCUGCCGUGGCGGCGCUGGGCAUGAAGACCACAGUGAGUGAAGCGGAACACCCCCUGCUGUGUGAAGGCACCAGGAGGGAGAAAGGCGACCUGGCGCUGGCUCUCAUGAUCACCUACAAGGACGACCAGAGCAAGCUGAAAAAGAUUCUGGACAAGCUGUUGGACCGUGAGAGCCAGACCCACAAGCCCCAGACGCUGAGCUCCUUCUACUCCAGCAAGCCGGCGGCCGGCAGCCAGAAGAGCCCGUCCAAGCACUCGGCGGCCCACGCCCACGCGCACGCCCACGCCUCCUCGCACUCGGCCCACUCGGCCUCGCAGGGCGGCGGCGUCUCCAAGCACGCCGCGUCGUCCGCCGCCGCCCCUGUGGCCUCCGCCGUCAGCGGGGGCGCGGCCGCCUCCUCGUCCUCAUCCCAGGGCGUGGCGGGAGGAUGCGCGUCCGGGCAGCAGGGGGCGCUAGGGGGCGCCGGCACGGUGCAGAACGCAGCGGCGGUAGCUGCCACGGCAACGGGAGACGCCAUCGCGGGAGAGAGCAGGGAUCAAGACGGAGCGCAGCCCUCCUCGUGCGAGCAGCCGAACGAGGCGGCCCCCUUCAAGCCCGAGGGCACGGUGCCCAGCCGCCUGGCGCUGGGGGGGCGCGGGGCCUACAGCGGCCGCUGCUGGGGCUCCCCCGUGCGGCAGAAGAAGAAGCACACAGGUGGGCACGCCGCCUCGCCCCUCAUCAACGCCGCGCAGAGACGCUUUCAGACUCUCUGCAGACUUGGCAUGGCGAGCAUCGACAGCAGCGCCCCGGAGACCACCUCGGACAGCUCGCCCACCCUCAGCCGCCGCCCGCUGCGCGGGGGCUGGGCGGCCGCCUCCUGGGGGAGGGGUCAGGACAGCGACAGCAUCAGCAGCUCCUCGUCCGACUCCCUGGGCUCGUCCUCGUCCAGCGGCUCUCGCCGCGCUGGAGGAGGGGCCAGAGCCAAAAGCACCGACACCAGCAGGUAUAAAGGGCGUCGCCCCGAGUGCCACGCGCCGCACGUGCCCAAUCAGCCCUCGGAGGCGGCGGCUCACUUCUACUUCGAGCUGGCCAAGACGGUGCUCAUCAAGGCGGGCGGCAACAGCUCCACGUCCAUCUUCACGCAGCCCUCGGCCAGCGGCGGCCACCAGGGCCCCCACCGCAACCUGCACCUCUGUGCCUUCGAGAUCGGCCUGUACGCGCUGGGCCUGCACAACUUCGUCUCGCCCAACUGGCUGUCCAGGACCUACUCCUCCCAUGUGUCCUGGAUCACAGGUCAGGCCAUGGAGAUCGGCAGCGCCGCCCUCAACAUCCUGGUGGAGUGUUGGGAUGGCCACCUCACCCCUCCCGAGGUGGCGUCGCUGGCAGACCGGGCGUCGCGGGCCCGGGACCCCAACAUGGUGCGCGCAGCGGCUGAGCUGGCACUGAGCUGCCUGCCCCAUGCCCACGCGCUCAACCCCAACGAGAUCCAGAGGGCCCUGGUGCAGUGCAAGGAGCAGGACAACGUGAUGCUGGAGAAGGCCUGCAUGGCGGUGGAGGAGGCGGCCAAAGGCGGGGGCGUGUACCCCGAGGUGCUGUUCGAGGUGGCGCACCAGUGGUACUGGCUGUACGAGCAGACGGUCGGCGGCGGGUCGGGCUCCCAGCGGGAGGUGCCGGCCCGGUGCGGGGCCAACGGCGGCUCGGCCCGGCGGCAGCAGGAGUCGGGCUGCAGCGUGCUGGAGGGCGGCGGCACCAUGGACCAGCAGAGCAUGGCGGCGGUCACGGCCUCGGUCACGGCGGCGGCCGUGGUGCCCGUCAUCUCGGUGGGCUCCACCAUCUACCAGUCGCACACGCUGCCCGGCGCCGCCAUGGCGCACACGCAGGGCCUGCACCCCUACACCACCAUCCAGGCGCACCUGCCCACCGUGUGCACCUCGCAGUACCUGGGACACCCGCUCCAGCACGUGCCACGGCCCGCCGUCUUCCCCGUACCUGGGGCUGCUUAUCCACAGGGGAUGCACCCGGCCUUCAUUGGUGCCCAGUACCCAUUCUCAGUGGCCACUGGCCCCCCGAUGGCUGCCACCGCCGUCACCUUCCCAGGGGUCCCUGUGCCGUCCAUGACCCAGAUCACCGUCCACCCCUACCACACCGAAACGGGGCUGCCGCUCGGCACCACUGUAGCAGGUCCGUGUGGGUUUGUAGGUGGGGUGCAUUCAAGCUCUACCAUCCAGGCUAUUCCCGCCCUUCCGGGUCUCGCCUCCCAGCCCACCUCAUUGGUCAGCGCACCCUUUCCCACAGAAGACGAACAGCACAGCCAGCCAAUUAGCCAGCAGGGUCUCCACUAUUUGCACUCAGCCUACAGAGUUGGUAUGCUCGCCCUGGAGAUGCUGGGAAGGAGGGCGCACAACGACCACCCCAACAACUUCUCACGUAGCCCUCCCUACACGGAGGACGUCAAGUGGCUUCUGGGGCUGGCGGCUCGUCUGGGUGUGAACUACGUUUACCAGUUCUGCGUGGGCGCUGCCAAAGGCGUGCUCAGCCCGUUCGUGCUGCAGGAGAUCAUCAUGGAGGCGCUGCAGCGGCUCAACCCGGCACACAUCCAUGCCCACCUACGGACGCCCGCCUUCCAUCAGCUCGUGCAGCGCUGCCAGCAGGCCUACCUACAGUACAUCCACCACCGUCUGAUCCACCUGACGCCGGCAGACUACGACGACUUUGUGAACAUCAUCAGGAGCGCGCGCGGGGCCUUCUGCCUGACGCCGGUGGGCAUGAUGCAGUUCAACGACGUGCUGCAGAACCUGAAGCGCGGCAAGCAGACCAAGGAGCUGUGGCAGCGCAUCUCCCUGGAGAUGGCCACCUUCUCCCCCUGACCUCCCACGGAGACUCCGUCACCGUCACCACCACCACCACCGUCACCACCACCACCGCGGCCGUCACCACCGCUGCCAUGACACCAGGGCACAGAGAGACAUGUCCGCUUGCCCGCUCACUCCCAUGGGCUCCCUUAUCCUGCCCAGAC